UCCUGCUACAGUCUACAGCUGUAUAACGGUUCUCUCUCAACGUGUGCUCUCUCGACCUGCAGACAGCCAUCAGCCAUCAUGUAUUACAGCCAAAGCAUUUCCAGUGGACCCGCCAUGAUCGCCAGACAGAGCCGCAGCUACACAUCAAGUGCUGCUCCCCACAAGGCUCACAGUGUGUCAGGACUCAGCUUCAGGGGAGGUCCCCGCAUCUCCUCUAGCACUGUGCGCACUGUCUCCUCCGGGUACGGAAGUGGCAUGGGGUUCGGCAGCGGUGGUUUCGACCUGUCCAACGCCCUGGACCAGAGCAACGUGCACCUGAACGAGAAGGCCACCAUGCAGAACCUGAACGACCGUUUGGCCUCCUACCUGGACAAGGUCCGCUCUCUGGAGGCGGCCAACUCCAAGCUGGAGUUGCAGAUCAGAGAGUACUACGAGAAGAAGGGCCCUGCAGCAGAGAGGGACUACAGCAACUACUGGGCCAUUAUCAAUGACCUGAAGGACAAGAUCAUCAGCGCCAACAUCGGCAAUGCAAACAUCCUCCUCCAGAUUGACAACUCCAAAUUGGCUGCUGAUGACUUCAGAACCAAAUAUGAGCAUGAGCUUGCGAUGCGCCAGUCAGUUGAGGCUGACAUCGCCAACCUGCGCCGCAUGCUGGACCAGACCACCCUGACGAAGGCUGACCUGGAGAUGCAGAUUGAGGGCCUGCAGGAUGAGCUGGCCUACCUCAAGAAGAAUCACGCAGAGGAGCUGGCAGCUAUGCGCUCUCAACUUACUGGCACAGUCAACGUAGAGGUGGAUGCCGCACCCCAUCAAGACCUCAACAAAGUCCUGGAUGAGAUCCGCGCCCAGUAUGAAAGCAUCACUGACAAACAUCGCCGUGACCAGGAGGCCUGGUUUACUCAGAAGUCGGCAGCCUUGACAAUGGAGGUGGCCAGCAGCACAGAGUCAAUCCAGACGUCCAAGACAGAGAUCAGUGACCUGCGGCGUACACUGCAAGGCCUGGAGAUUGAGCUGCAGUCUCAGCUCAGCAUGAAAGGGGCUCUGGAGAACACACUGGGAGAGACAGAGGCUCGUUACAGCGCCAUGCUCAGUGGUUACCAGAACACAAUCAACAUGCUUGAAGCAGAACUCGGCAACAUGCGCUCAAGCAUCGAGCAGCAGGGACAGGAGUAUAAGAUGCUGCUGGACAUCAAGACCAGGCUGGAGCAGGAGAUCGCAACCUACAGGAGCCUGCUGGAAACAGAGGAGUCCAGACCCACUGGAGGCUCAAAGACCACAGUCACAACCACCACUGUGCGAACUUCCAGCUAGGAGGUCCAACUGGCAGGACAAGCUGUUCUCAGACACACACACACACUGACAAAUAAAAGCUGUUACAAGAUAAGGGAAAAUGCACUGGAAAAAAACAGAGAAUGAGAAAACUGAGUUGAAAGUGAAGCUUGUGUUAAAGUUAAUGUAUGAAACAAUAUGAGCUAUUAGAAGAAAUGCCUGACUUGUGUAUGUGUGUGUGUGUGUGAUCUGUCUGAAAAAUAAAUCUGCUGGUAAAUAAAAGGGGUGUUGUUUUGUGA